AUGACGCAGUUCCUGCCACCGAAUUUGUUGGCACUUUUUGCACCGAGAGAUCCAAUUCCAUUCCUUCCACCCAUUGAAAAACAUGCACAUCACAGAAAAUUGCCAUACACUGGCGUCGCUCAGUUUUUAGGGGAAUUUGAGGAUGCAUCUGAAACUCCAGCCCCAGUGCGCAUUGAGACACGAGAAGAGCGAAAAGAAAGAAAGAUUGUAAUGGUCAAAAACGUGAUAACAGGAAAACCUCGUGGAUAUUGCUUUGUGGAAUUUGAGCAUGAACGUGAUAUGCACGCGGCUGUCAAAGCACUUAAUGGUCGGAAGAUUGAUGGUGCUCGUGUUGUGACUGAUGUUGAGCGAGGGAGAACGCGUCCGGACUGGAGACCGAGACGUUUGGGCAAAGGUUUGGGUAAAAAUCGUCAAGGUCCGGGAGAUAAAACUCAUCGCAAACACGAAAAUGGAAGGGAUUGCAGUCGUGAUCGGAGUUAUGGACGCCCUAUUUCAAGUGCUCACAUUCGGGAUCGGGACAAGGAAUUUAAACGUAGAAGAAGUCGGUCACGCAGUAAAUCGAAGGACCGUGACCGACGUGCUCGUAGUCGGAGCCGCGAUCGACAUCGUAAGCGCCGCAGUCCAGAUGAACGAGAUCGGGAUCACAAACGCCGUGACCGUCGUCGUGAUGACAUGAUUCAGCAAUAUGGCGAAUAUGGGGCGGAGAUCAGAGCCGAAUAUAAUGGAGAUAUGUGA